UUUUGAUAUUUUUAAAUUAUUUUGCAUUCAAAAAGAGUGAUCUUUUAUUUGUUGUAUUGCAGGUUGCAGAUCAUGACACUCAGGAUAAGGAGUUCAGAUUUAAAAAUUGAUGCAAUGAAUGAAUAGGAAUUCUUUCAGCUGUAAUGAUGGCUACAAACAGCCAUGCUUCGGAGGCGUUCAAACAGUACGUACAGAAGGAUCCCAAAGGGAGGACAAUCUUAAUUGUCCCUGAGGGGAAAUACAAGGGAUGGGUGCCCCGUAUCAUCUACAGCAUGCACCUGGAGGACGUCACGCUACCUUUCCUAAGGCUCAUGUCAUUUCCUGUGGGCGGAACCUCCAUUGGGAAUCUGGUGGAUAUGAAGAAUUUCAGUGCUGUUGGAAAUUAUCUAUGCUUGUUACCCAAAUCUUUUGGUACUUGCAAAUCCAUGGAAACCCUCAAUCUGAGUUUCAAUCACUUCCAGCAAAUUCCAACAGCAGUCUUUAAUUUGCAGUCACUCAUCGAGUUAGAUUGUAGUGACAAUGAGCUUGAGGUCCUCUCUCCAGAUAUCGGAAAAUUAAGAAAUUUACGCACAUUAAAACUAGGAGGGAACUUUCUGUCUGAAAUUCCGAGUGAAAUUAGUCAGUGUAAGAAGAUAGAGUACCUGGUACUGUCAAGGAAAUGGUAUCCAAGAGAAGGAGGAAUGAAAGAGUUACCAAAAGCUGCCUGUGGGUUAAAGGAGCUGCGAUAUCUGGAUGUCAGUUGGCACCAGAUCCAUACAAUUCCAGAUGAAGUAGGCAAUUUGACAAAACUGGAGUCUUUGAAUAUGAAAGGAAAUUUCCUAAAAUAUGUUUCUUCAAAUAUUGUUAAAUGCACGAGUUUGAGUGAAUUAAACUUGACAGGGGCAUUGAAACUGAAUUCAUACAUUCCAGAGGAAUUACUGCAGUUGUCUGAAUUGAGGACAUUAAACUUGAAUAACAAUUACUUUUCUGAGAUUUCACCAAAGAUAAAGGGUCUUAAAAAGCUCAGACAUUUCAUCAUGAGGAGGAAUGCACUAGUGAGUCUGCCAGACACUUUAUUUGACUUGAAACAUUUAGAAAGUAUUGAAAUUGGAGAUAAUUACCUUGAAGAACUUUCACCCUCUGUAAAGAAAUUGAAAAAAUUAAAAACGUUAGAACUGCGUGGUAACAAACUUACCAAACUCCCAGAUGAGCUCUGUGAUUGUGGUAGUCUUGAAUCAUUAUUGCUGGCCUUCAAUGAACUUGAAAGUCUACCAGACAAUAUUUAUCUCUUAGCAAAUCUGAAGGAACUGGAUGUUUCUCAUAAUCAGUUGACCUCUAUACCACUGCUGUUGGAUAAAUUGGAGAUGCUUGCAAAAACAGGACUGAUAGACUUAAGUGAAAACAACAUUAAGGUCCCUCCUCAAGAAAUUUGUGAUCAGGGCGCUGAUACUCUGUUUAUCUUUUUGAGAGAAUACAGAAUUAGUCAGGCCAAACACAGAAGGAAAAUGAUUUUGCUUGGUGCAGCCAAAGCUGGAAAAACUAGUCUUCGAAAUGCAUUGAUUCUAGGCCGUUCCAAAUUAACAGCAGAGCAUGAAAGGACCUGGGUACUGGAGCGCCACCUAUGGGAACCGGAGCCAGAUUUGAGAGUCCAGGUGUUAGACUUUGGUGGCCAUCAUAUUUAUUCUGCUGCACACCAUAUGUUCCUGACCUCAGAGGCUCUACAUGUGUUAGUGUUUGAUUUAAGUAAGUACAAACCAGAGCUCUAUGAUGCUAUGGUGGGAAAUUGGCUUGAUGCCAUAAUGGACAGAUCUCCUGGAGCAGUUAUCGUUAUGGUUGGAACUCAUGUUGAUCUUUGCAAGGCAGAUGAAAUCGAUGAAAUCUUGGAAGACAUCUCGGAUAAAAUGAAAAAUAUAGAAGACAGAAAGAUUCAAGAAAUAAAAAUUCAUUUGGUUCGAACAGAUGAUGCUCUCAACUCACUGACCAAUAAAGAUACCGGUACAAAAUUCGAGGACAUUGAAAUUCAAAGACUUAGAGAAAAGAGAAAUGGCAUCUAUAAAAUGUUGAAAACGAGAUCACAAUUGCCCAAGAAAAUACAUGUUGUUAGUUGUGCUGAUGAACUUACAGGUGUUUUUGAGUUUAGGAACAUGUUGAUUGAAAAACUGAAAGAGGCAGGAGAGAGACCAUUACCCACUCCGUGGUGGAGGUACCUGCAGAAGAUUGCAAAAUAUCCUGAGAAAGUCUUGUCUUUCACAGAAGCCUUACGAAUAUUUAAGGAUCUGAUGAAUGAAAUGAACCAGAGUAUGAUUUCACUUGAAGGAUCAGCCGUGUCAAGUUUGGAGAUGGUGCUCAAGUAUCUCCAUGCAACAGGAGAGAUUAUGUGGUAUGCUGAUAACCCCAAAUUGCAAGGCAUUGUGUUUCAUCAUCCAGAAACCCUUGUGGAGAUGUUGCGUGCAAUAUUUAAACAUGAUUUUGACAAAGUUGUGGUUUAUGAUGAAAUUUUUGGAAAGAUUGCUGGCUUGACUGAGAAGAAGUUUGAUGCAAUGAAGGAAGAUUUUCUGUCAAAGGGGAUCAUGACACUGGAGUUGCUCCACUUCUGUCUCUACCACUUUAAAAUUUCUGCAGAAGCUAGGGAUAUUUUUGUUGAUCUCAUGUUAAAAUUUGAUCUGUGUUAUGAAAUACCUAGUAGCUUACAAACAAAUUACACAUCUAGUCGGAUUUUGAGAUUUCCAUGGUUCCUCAGAACAGAGGCGUCAAAUGAAGUGUUUGUAAAGUGGCCCACUAGGACCCCCAGGAACAUUGUGGAACUAUCUUUUCAGUUUGUGUUCCCAUCCAAAUCUCCACCAAAUUUCUUUGAAAAGCUCUCCUCUAGACUGCAGGCUCAUGUGUCAAAACGAGAGGAUUGGUCUAAUGGGGUGCUAGCAUUUAAGAACAAAUCCAAAAUUCUGGUGACGCGUGAGCAGAAAGAUGCUGGGACAGAGAUUCUGGUGGCAGUCAGGGGAAGUGAUCUGCAGGAACUCUGGUACCUCCUCCUGAAAAUCUACCAUGAUAUGAAGUCCCUGCUACAAGAGUGGCCACUGGUUCAUGUGGAGCAAUACUUGCUGUGUUCCCACUGUAUACUGAGGGGAGAUAAUGACCCAUACCUCUACCCAGCAGAACUUUAUCUGGAGACAGUCUGUCCCCAGAAAUUGUACCAACUACAGUGCUGUCUGAAGAGCAAGGAAGUCUUCAUUCCAGCAUGUUUGGUUAUCCCUCUUGAUGCAGAUUUCCAGGAUGACAUUGGACAACAUGUUAUAGUAUUAAAGGAGUUCCUGGCGAGUCUAGAAGAUACGGUGGAUGGCAGUGGGUCAGGUAUUUUGACUGACCUUGGAUUGAUGUAUGUGGCUGCCAAGCUUGGCUUUGAUUGGACCUUGGUGGUCAGUAAUCUUGGUUUGAAGCAAGCAGAGAUUGAACAGAUACAGAUGGACAACCCAUACAAAGUGAUACACAUGAUCAGUAUUGCAUUACAAAGAUGGCGGGACAGACAAGAUGGACAGUCUGACGAGGUUCUUCUUCAACAACUGUUCAGUGCGCUGGAGAAUUGUAAUCGCAGGGACCUGGUGGAUGAAUUACGGCAGAAAUACAACAUACAAGAAGACAACCCCAAAGAAGAUUAAACUAUGAAGAAGAUAGUUCAAGGUUAGGAAAGAGCACUAUGAGGAAAAGACAAUUUUUAUGAACGCAUGUUUGUUGUACAUAAGCAGUAAAAUUUGCUCAAAAGGAACUUGGUUUCAAAGAACAUAAUUUCAAUGACUAACAAAAUUCUGUCAGUAAUAAAGGGCACAAUUUUACAAGCCAAUAGUUUUAAAGAUGAAAGCAUGAGGAAUUUAUCUUCAUCUUUACAUCUUAAUCAAUUGUUUGUUGCAAACUUUGAUUACAGGAUUUUAAAAACAUUAAAUAUAUGCUUUUAAUUUCAUGAUGUUCUUGCAGAAGUAAUUUUCUCUGUAUGAAUUUUGGAAAAUCUUAGAAGCAGCAACUUUUUUAACUUACCUGAACUGAAAGCUGAAGUCAGCUUUUGUGAUCAUUUUUUAUCCAUCGCCCAUCCGUCUGUAAACUUCUCACGUUUUCAACUUUUUCUCCCAAAUUACUGUUUUGUUAAAAUGAUGACGCCAAUGAUAGGGUUGGGACCGCAGUGUUGGAUAAAGUUUUACUUUCAUGUCAGAAAGCAUAGGAAAAAUGUGUAGAAAUCCUUUUCUCAAAAAACUACAAAUCCCUGUUUUGUUAUGUUGAUCUGAAAGCAUCAUAAUGUUGUAUAGAUUCUAGUUUGUUGAAAACAAUAAUAGGAGAAAUAAAUGAUCUGAUAAAGAACAGCAGUGUAAUAUAUUGAUUCAGGUGAGCUUUGUGGCCCAUGGACCCCUUGUUUACAGUAUUGUAAUACAAUUGUAUUUUCAAUUUUUCUGAUUGUUCUUUAUUUAUGAAUUCAUUAAUUUUUUUUAAUUUGUCCAUAUUAUGUAUUAUGGAGAUAAACUUUUGCAAAUGUCUUGGAAAAUAUGUGCAAUACUUAGAUUUCUUUAUCUAAAUGUUUUUUUUUCUUGCUACUUUGUAAGGAAAUCAUGACUUUAAGAGUAGCAGAAAGUGUGAAACAUAUUGAUUUAAUAUCACAACAAAGAGAAAUUUUAAGACACAGUCAAAGUGAUUGAGAUUUGUUUAAUACUGGGGGUUGUGAGUGGUAUUGUCAUUGGCAAACAACCUAUUGAUGCAGUAUUUAUAAUUAAUGUAUGUACAUUGUAAAUCAUUACAUUUGACAGAAUGAACUCAUUUGAAUGUUAUUCAUAUAGUGAUUCCUUAACAGUGUUGUUCCAAAUGUAUUUGUGAAAAAAAUAAGCUCAUUUGAAUGUAAUUCAUAAACUAUUAGUGAUAAUUUUACAGGCAUGUCUAGUUGUGACUUGCACCCACUAGUAUAUUCAUCAUAGAAAGUUGAUGUAUAAUUAUAUGGUGGUGUCAUUGCUUAAACUGUUGCAAAUUGUGAAACUGCUUUGAAAUUUAUCUCAAUAUUUAUCUCCUUAAAAACGGAAAGUAAUUUAUCUUUUUACUCUUCAUGAAAAGAGUAUUGUCAAACUUUUUUUCAUAUGGAGAUUUCAAAUUCAGCAAUGUUUAUUAAUUAUAUUUAAAUUCUUCUCAGAAAUUCAUAUGUGAAAAAAUAAUAUUAUAGUUUAUGAUAUUAUAAAAAUGGUAUUAUAAGUA